UAAACAAAGUUUGAGGUUAUUAACACAGUUGAAAACGUUGCAAGCUAAAUUCUUUAGAUAAAUGUAGUUUCAUAAUAUAUGCAAAAUGGUGCAACUGUAGUUAUCUCAGCAACUUUUUAAUUUAUUAAUUUUUAUUGAGUGACAAUGGAUCGGGGGAAGUUUUCGUUAUUAUUAUUGGAUCCUGGUGAAAUAUACUUUGAAGACUUUAGUGCAGUCUUGAUUCCUCCAGACAUAACUCCAAAAACGUUCGAUAUAAAGAAACAGGAUGGCAGGUUGAAAAUGUGUUCAAAAUCUUUAGUUUUUGACCCAAAAGAUAUCUACAAACCAAUUAUUAAAAUACCGUUAAAAGAUUGUGUUGUGAUUGAGCAAUGGAAGGGUCAUGCUAAAUAUUUAACAAAUAAUAACGUACUAAUUGUGAACUGUCGAGAAUAUAUAGAAAUGUUAGAAGGAAAUAUUGUUGCUCCUUACAAAUUUCGUGAGGCCACUAAUUUUUUGUUUCAAUUAAAUUACGCUAACAUUAUGAAUUGUUUGCCUCAAAUUUGUCAAUUACAUAGGGCCAGCACUUUACCGGCUGCUGAACAAGCUGACAUGAUUGCAACUAUUGUUCAUUCACGACAUGCACGAGUUAGUUUUGAUCCCUUGUGGUUAGAUUUAUAUGAGAAGGUUGUUUUGGAGACUGAAGCAGAUAAAGUUACACCACUUGUUGUAAACCCUGGUAGACUUUUAUUAUCAACCUCACGAUUAUUUUUCCAACCCUACAAUAAUGUAGAAAGUGUUCCAGUCAUUAAAAUUGAACUUAACAGCAUCAAGAGGAUGGUCAAACGGCGGUUUUUGUUGAGGCAUAUAGGCUUGGAAAUAUACUGUAGUGAAAAUAGUAGUAAUCCUCACAUUUAUCUAUCAUUCCGAAGUCAAGAAAAACGCGACCAUUUAUACGAAAAUUUAUUAAACCAACCGGUCCUAAAAUUGGAGGAAUUAGACCAAGACAUGAUGACCCUCCAGUGGCAAAAUGGUAUUAUAUCAAAUUAUGAUUAUCUCCAAUACAUCAAUAGCUUAGGUGACCGUACAAUAAACGAUUUGACCCAAUAUCCCAUCUUCCCUUGGAUUGUUUCAAAUUACACCGAUCCCGAAUUGGAUUUCAAAGACCCUAGAAAUUACAGAGAUUUGAGCAAACCAGUAGGUGCAUUGGACGAAGUGCGCUUGUUGCGACUUCUUGAACGAUAUGAAGAAAUGUCGCAUCCCAAAUUCAUGUAUGGGUCGCACUAUUCGACUCCUGGUUUCGUCUUGUUUUAUUUAGCGAGACUUUACCCUCGUUACGUUUUGUGUCUACAAAGUGGGCGUUUCGACCAUCCGGACCGAAUGUUCAAUUCAGUGGCAGAUGUUUACAAAAAUUGUCAAACCAACAUGUCUGACUUUAAAGAAUUAAUACCGGAAUUUUACGACGUGACCCAAGAAGGAAAUUUUCUUGUUAAUAAUCUGGGAAUCAAUUUUGGGUAUCGACAUAAUGGACUUAAGGUUGGGGAUGUGGAAUUGCCUUCUUGGGCGGACAGCCCCAAAGACUUUAUUCGGAAGUUGAGAGACGCCUUAGAAAGUGAUAUCGUGUCGCAGGGGCUUCACCAAUGGAUAGAUCUGAUUUUUGGGUACAAACAACAAGGAGAGGAAGCGGUGAAGGCCAAUAAUUUAUUUUAUCAUUUGUGUUAUGAAGGAAAUGUCGAUUUGGGUAAUAUACAAGAUUUGAAUCAACGACAUGCCUUGGAAGUGCAAAUCAUGGAGUUUGGGCAAAUACCGAAGCAAGUGUUCAAAGUGCCGCAUCCUGCGAGGAAAAUAGGGCUUCCAUUAUUGACUGAACCGCAUCAAAUUAGUUUAACGGAAACCGAAGAUCUUUGGAAAAACAUCAGCAACUUAGAAGUGGUUUCCACAUUUAACACACACAAGAACACUGUGAGUCACCUUUUUAUCAGCGACGACGGGACUCGAGUGACUUCAGUCGGCCACGAUUCCAAACUGAAAGUGUUUUCUUUGGAACAAAAUCGCCAGACUAGAAGUGCAAACAUCGGAAAUAUGCCUUUAAGUAGCUGCAUUCAAAUGCCUAACGUCAAUGUUUUGGUUAUCGGAAGUUGGGAUAAUCAAAUCCUAUUGUACGAUUUAGACUACGGAAAAGUGACCGAAAGUGUAUUAGCACACGAAGAUGCAAUCACUUGCAUGUGUUGGGGUAAAAAGAGUAACAUUUUGGUGUCGGGUAGUGGCGACUGUACUGUUAAAAUAUGGAAAGGUUUGAACAAUAACGGAAUAAUCAAGCCGAUUCAAUGUUUACAAAAACAAAUCGAUCACAAUUCGCAUGUUAACUGUUUGGAUUUUGACAGUGAUAACAAACAUCUUGCUGUUGGUACGGAAGACGGGGAAGUCUACAUUUGGAAAACGAACGAAUUUACCCUUUACAAAAAAUAUGCAAUACAUUCAUCCAGCAUCACAGCGAUUAACUAUAGCCCCGAUGGCUUGAAAUUGGCUCUAGGUGGCAAAAACAAAACUUUACAAAUUGUAGAUGUCGAAACUGGACUUCCUGUUUUUACGAAAACUUUGAAAUCGGCUAUUUCCUGUAUGAAAUGGGUCGGAUUUUUGAUUGUUUUAGGCUGUGAAGAUGGUAGUUUGUUUAUUUGGGAUAUCGUUGAAGUUAGAUUACUUUAUGAAAUCAGUAAGGCCCAUUCAGGAGCAAUAAAAACUGUCGAUAUUUCACCUGAUAACGCUGUCAUUGUUACCGGAAGUGAAGAUCGCCUUAUCAAAGUAUGGAAACCAAAAUAAAACAAUAAUUUUACAUAGUAUUUUAAAAACUUAAGUAUUGUGAUAUUUUUAAUAAAACUCUCCCAUUUUUAUUUUA